GGGGGCGCGGGGGCGGGCCCGCUCCCUGCGGAAGCUGCUGCGGGAUCGUGGGCAGCUCUCCCACUUCUGGAAAGCCCACAGGCUGGACAUGGUGCAGUACAGCGAGGACUGCUCCGCCUUCACGGACACCAACGAGCCCCUCAUCAACUACCUGGACAUGGAGUAUUUUGGGCAGAUCUCCAUUGGGACCCCCCCCCAGAACUUCACCGUGGUGUUUGACACGGGCUCCUCCAACCUCUGGGUGCCUUCUGUCUACUGCGUGAGCAAAGCCUGUGCGGAGCACGCCAAGUUCCACCCAUCACAAUCCAGCACGUACCAGGUGGUGGGGACCCCCUUCUCCAUCCAGUACGGGACCGGCAGCUUGACGGGAGUCAUCGGAUCCGACCAAGUAGUUGUCGAGGGCCUCACCGUGAGCAACCAGCAGUUUGCAGAGAGCGUCAGUGAGCCGGGAAAGGCCUUUGUGGACGCGGCGUUCGACGGGAUCCUGGGGCUGGCGUAUCCCUCGCUGGCCGUGGGAGGUGUCACCCCCGUCUUCGACAACAUGAUGGCACAAAAUCUGGUGGAGCUGCCCAUGUUCUCCGUCUACUUGAGCGCGAACCCCGAAUCAUCCCUGGGAGGAGAACUGCUCUUUGGUGGCUUUGACCCUUCCCGCUUCACGGGGACCCUCAACUGGGUGCCGGUCACCCAGCAAGGGUACUGGCAGAUCCAGCUGGACAACGUCCAGCUCGGUGGGUCAGUGACUUUCUGCACCAACGGCUGCCAGGCCAUCGUGGACACGGGCACUUCGCUCAUCACAGGUCCCACCAAGGAUAUAAAGGAGUUGCAAGGCUCUAUUGGUGCCUCUCCUGUGGAUGGGGAGGUGAGAGCGACGAAUCGCAGCCUCGGCGCGAUGCCUGACGUGACCUUCACCAUCAACGGGCUGCCCUACACGCUCAGCGCCCAGGCCUACACCCUCAUG